AUGUGGAAUUUUGUAGUUGGAGUUUGAUAGAUUCAAGAUUGUGUGAUUGUGUAUCAAUCUAAAUUUUUUCAUCAUGUUUAACGGUGAAAGUACAACUUCGGUUACAUUUUUAUUUAUUACAAAUAUAUGUUUGUUUAAUUUGUAUAGUGUUGAAUGUUAAAUAAAAACUUAUUUAUCAAUAAUUGUUAUAGAAGUCUGAAUGUAACAACACUGUGAGUACUGCCAGAAAUUAGGCUAGGCAUAGGCCUAUCAUGUACAUAAUUACUUUUUCGGAAAUUUGACCUAAUAACAUUUUUUAAAUAGAGUUUUACAAAAUGGCUUUCCCUGGUAACGGCGUUUACGUAGUCCAGGGGGAAAUGUCUAUUCUCCUGACAGCAAUGAGAAGAGGUGCAAGAUGGUCUUCCCAUUCUCACCAGGACGAGGAAAAUGAUAUUUUGAUCAAAGGAUUUGCAGCUUUAAAAGAUGUUUUGAACUCUGUUGGUGACUUAAGAGCUCUAGACCCUUUGCAUUUUCUAGAUCCAUUUCUUGAAGUAAUCAAGUCAGAAGAAACAACAGGACCUGUGACAAGUUUGGCACUUUCUUCAAUCAGCAAGUUUUUAUCAUAUGGACUUAUCGAACCAGGAGGGAAGUCGGUGCCGGCUGCUGUGGAAAGGAUUGCAGACGCUGUGACGCACGCAAGGUUUGUGGGCACCGACCAGGCCAGCGAUGGCGUGGUGCUCAUGAAGAUUCUGCAGGUUUUAAGGACGUUAAUUCUGUCUCCCAUCGGUAUAAUGCUGACCAACGAUAGCGUGUGUGAAAUAAUGCUCAGCUGUCUCAGAAUUUGUUUUGAAACCCGUUUAAGUGAGCUAUUACGGCGGUGUGCUGAACACUAUCUGAAGGAUAUGGUGCAGCUGCUGUUCACAAGACUGCCAUACUUCUCAGAAGAUCUCAGGAAACCAAUAAACAUGAAGAAACUGAAGAUGCGAUCUGGAAGUAUUGACCAGUCAAGAGGAAAACGCAAGAUGAAAUCAUCAGUUAGAAAAAAUAGUCGAUCUAUGAACAGCAAGGUGGAAGACAAGGAAAAACCACCACAAACACUACUUACAUCAGGCUCCUCGAGUCAGGAAAAUAUCAACAAGGCGUUGGCUGCUGCUCAGCAUCUAGCCACCACUCCUAUAGAUUCGAAUGGCAGUGUUGUCGAUGUUCAAGUUAUCACACAAGAUUCCAUAGAUCCUCAAUCAAAUUCUAGCGAAUCGAAAACAGAGGUUGCCACAACACAAGAACCAGAAACAUUACCAACAUCACCAGUUGAAGAAACUGUCAACAACGAAUCUUGGACGAGUGACACAACCAAUGCUGAUGAGACACAGCAAGCAGAGCCGUCAGUUCCUGCCAUAGAUGCCUUUCAGACGCAGGGUGAGGUAGAUGUGAGCGUGGACAUGGAUGUCAGCGCAGUAAGCGGAGACAGUGAUGUGCCUCCUGCACCUGACAGUACUGACGUGUCCGCUGUACAGUCCCCCGUGUCGUCAGACACACACGAGUGGUACAACUCACAAGGCGUGCGAUUUACACCUCAAGAGGAAGGUGCAGGGCCGUUGGUACCCUACGGUUUGCUGUGUAUCCGAGAGCUGUUCCGAUUCCUGGUGUCUCUGAGCAAUCCCCUGAACAAGGAGAACUCAGAGUUCAUCAUCCACGUGGGGUUGACUCUGCUGACUGUGGCUCUGGAGGUGGGUGCUGAUGCUAUCGGCAAGUACUCCACACUCAUGGCCAUCGUCAAGGAUGACUUGUGCCGGAAUCUCUUCAUGCUCCUUAGCUCGGAAAGGCUGUCAAUCUUUGCUGCCAACCUGCAAGUGUCUUUCCUCCUCUUCGAGGCCCUCAGGUCUCAUCUCAAGUUCCAGCUUGAACUCUUCUUGACUCGUCUCUCGGAGAUAAUUGUGUCUGACAAUUCCAAGAUAACAUUCGAUCAAAAAGAAAUCGCUUUAGAGUGUGUAGUGCAGAUGUGGAGGAUCCCUGGGUUUGUGACAGAACUGUACCUUAACUAUGACUGUGACCUCUAUUGUCCCAAUGUGUACGAGGACCUCACCAAGCUCUUGUCCAAGAACGCUUUCCCUGUGGCAGGAGUGUACAACACUCACCUGCUGUCGCUGGAUGCUCUGCUCACGAUCAUCGACUCCAUAGAGAACCAUUGCAACAGCAGGAUACUGACAGAGAAACAAGUAGACUCACAGAAACAAUCAGAAGGGAACACUAGUGUAGUUCCAUCAUCAUGUGUUAUGAUAAGCCGACAAAAAGUGUCACAAAAUAUUCCCAGUCACGAGCAGCUGAUGGCGAUUAAGCGCAAGAAAAAGCUGCUAGCAACAGGAACAGAACACUUCAAUGUAAAGCCUAAGAAGGGUAUUCAGUUUCUGCAGGAGCAUCACAUUCUGUCCGCGACUCUGGACCCUUUAGAGGUGGUCCAGUUCCUCAAGGAGAACCCUCACCUGGACAAAAAGAUGAUCGGAGAAUACAUCAGCAGCCGCUCAAACCUGGUGGUGCUCGACGCUUUUGUCAAAUCAUUUGACUUUACUGACACAAGGAUUGACGAGGCUCUGAGGUUAUAUCUGGAGACAUUUCGGCUCCCUGGGGAAUCUCCCCUGAUCUCCUUGCUGAUGGAACACUUUGCUGAACACUGGCAUAAAUGUAACAAUGAGCCAUUUGCCAAUGCUGAUGCAGCUUUCACAUUGGCCUAUGCAGUUAUAAUGCUCAACGUGGACCAGCACAAUCACAAUGUCAAGCGGCAGAACAAUCCGAUGACUCCAGACGAGUUCAAACGCAACUUGAAGAAAGUCAAUGGUGGCCAGAACUUUGACCAAGAUAUGCUGGACGAUAUUUAUUUAGCAAUCAAGAAUGAAGAGAUAGUGAUGCCCGCGGAGCAGACGGGCCUGGUGCGGGAGAACUAUUUAUGGAAGGUGCUGCUGCGCCGCGGCGAGGGCAAGGAUGGCGUGUACAUCCACGCACCCAACGGCCUGUUUGACCAUGACCUCUUUUCUCUCAUCUGGGGCCCAACGGUGGCAGCACUCAGCUUCAUGUUUGACAAGAGCAUUGACCCUGCCAUCUACCAGAAGGCGAUCUCUGGUUUUAGAAAAUGUGCCAUGAUAUCUGCUCAUUAUGGAAUGAGCAAUGAUUUUGACAAUCUUAUUGUAUCACUUUGCAAGUUUACCAUGCUGGUGAACUCUAAUGAGUCUCCGGACAGCUUAACGAUAUCUUUCGGAGGUAAUCCUAAAGCGUGCCUCGCUGCCAACACAGUGUUCAACCUGGCGCACCGCCAUGGUGAUAUAAUUAGAGAAGGAUGGAAAAACGUUUUGGACUGUGUCCUGCAGCUGUACCGCUGCAAACUAUUGCCGAAAAUACUUGUGGAGGCUGAAGAUUUCAUUGAAUUGACCGGCAAAAUAUCUCUUGUGCGUGAGGAAAUUCAGUUGAGUCAAAAGACGGAAACUGGGUUGCUUAGCUCAAUUUACUCUUAUAUUUCAUUGGGCUCUGAAAUUUCAAAUCACCGUGUUCCCUCUCCUGAAGACCAAGACAACAUCCGGACAGCGCAGGCCUGUAUUCGGGAUUGCCAUUUAGAACAGCUUAUCACAGAGUCCAAGUUUCUUAGAUCUGACUCUCUUCAUGAACUUGUUAAGGCUUUGAUUCAUGCAUCAUACGGUCCAGAAGGCCACGUCUCCCUAGGAACUUCAUACAAUGAAGAUACUGCUGUGUUUUUUCUUGAGCUUCUGUUGAAAGUAGUGAUCCAGAACAGGGACAGAGUGAACAGUAUAUGGCAGUAUGUGCGAGAUCACAUCUACACACUACUGAUGGGUGCAGCUGCUUGUGAUCACCACUUUCUGGUUGAGCGAUCCGUGGUUGGACUGCUGCGGUUAGCCAUCCGGUUGAUGCGGCGGGAGGACAUGAGUCCGGUGGUACUACAGUCUCUCAGGAUGCUACUGCUGCUGAAAGCUUCCACCUUGAGCAGAGUGGCACGGCAAGUGUCGUAUGGACUGUACGAGCUGCUGAAAACUAGUGCUGCCAACAUACACUCUGCCACCGACUGGGCCAUCAUCUUCACGUUGUUAGAGUGUGUGGGAGCUGGAGCACCUCCACCUCGUGUUGUUGGCAAGCCUUCUCAUCAUGAGACUGGAGCUAAGUCGGACGGAGAAGUGGGGUUGAGCCCAAGAUCAGGCCUAGAGGAGGACAGCGGAUUGGGCAACGAGAGAGGAUGUACUUCCGACUCUGAGCUCAGUCUCAGCCAAAAUAUCCCUUCCACCCCCAACACUACCAGCCCUGAGCUUUCCCCCAACACAGGAGGUGGUUGGAUCAUGGUCGGCCGAGAGGGAGACAUCCAACCUCUGAAUCGACCUCUAUCCAAUGUAUUUAGCCCGAGCAGUGAGAGGGACCUGGCGAGUCAUGACCCGUUCUCGCUAGUCAAGUGUUUGGAGAGUUUGGCCUUCCUGGUCCGAGACGUUGCCCACAUCACACCUUACAACUUUGAGAACUGUGUUCACUGCAUACGCACAUUCGUGGAGGCCAGUCUGGAUGCCAACACAAAAUCCAAAAAGUCAGCACAUUCCAACAAAGAAUCAUCAUCCAAAACCCGCAGGAAGACGACACCUCGUAGGAAGGAAGAGUCACGAGCCCGCAGCCCCACCAGUGCUUAUGAUGCAGACGAAAGUGAUUCUGAGGAACUGCCCAGUGGAUACCAUCAAGUUCCUAUUCAGUUACUGGACCUGAUGCACACACUACACACACGGACAGCCCAGAUCUACCGGUGGUGGGCCGAGGAGCACACAGACACAGAGUUGACGUCUCUGUGGACUCAGGGCUGGUGUCCGCUGCUCCAGGGCAUCAGUCGGCUCUGCUGCGACAACCGGAAACAGGUGCGGAUGAGUGCUAUCACAUACCUCCAGCGAGCUCUCCUGGUGCACGACCUCCAGACACUGAAUGGGGACGAGUGGGAGUCCUGCUUCAACAAGGUGCUGUUCCCGCUCCUGUCCAAGCUCCUGGAGCCGAUGCCCAACAAUGAUCAGUCCGGGCUGGAGGAGACCCGAAUGCGAGCAGCUACCCUGCUCUCCAAGGUCUUUCUGCAUCAUUUGACGCCCCUACAGUCACUGCCUACCUUCACAGCCUUAUGGAUGAGAAUCCUGGACUACAUGGACAAAUACAUGCAUGUUGACAAGAGUGAUCUUUUGUAUGAAGCGAUCCCAGAAUCGCUGAAGAACAUGUUGCUGGUGAUGGACUCUGCCGGGGUGUUCUCUACGGCAGACUGUGGCCGAUCCCCCCUCUGGGCCCUCACAUGGGACCGUAUCAGCGCUUUCUUGCCUCACUUACAGCGGGAACUGUUCAAGUCCCACCCCCCGCCGCUGCCACCAGCAGAUGCAGCCAACAAGCCAACUGCAGCUGUUGAGUCUCCAACAACUGUGUCAGCUCCCCAGCCUGGAACUGAACCUGUGAGUGUACAACCCCAGUUGAUUCAAAGUCGGCAAGCAGUUUCAACAACCAUAUUUUCUUCACAUAUGGGACAGCUGAUAUCAACACCGAUUGGUCCGCCCAACCCUCCUCAUCCAUCCCCUCCACCACUGCUGGAGACUGCCCCCGCCUUGGUACUUCCCCACCCCACCCCUCUGUACCCUGUGCCCCCUGCCCCUCCACCCGAGGACACUAAGGAGGCCACCAGUCUUCCUGUCUACGACGGGUUUGCUUCCAUCACCUCAGAGCCGAGUCUGACAUCAUCUGCUCAGUUCUUCUAUCAAGAUAUCACUUCAACACAAUGUAACGCUCCGAACUCAUCUUCUCCCACUCCUCUCCCAACAGGUGGAGGACUGCUACUGGAGAACACCAUGAUAUCCCUGCCCAUCAUCGCGCCCCCGGACUCCUAACUGAACUUUAGUCUAUUCUUGGAUAAGUUCACAUAUAGAUAUAGAAUACUUGUAUAAGAGGUGAACUCUCCCGCAUGUUGUGUUAAAAAUAAACUUAAGAAGUUGUGAUUAAUGCCUAAAAUUCAUAUCUAGUCAGUGCUUUUUAAAGAACCGUUCAUUAUUUGUUAUAAGUACAGAACCAAUUUUGUUACACACUAAGAAUAUAAACGUUUGUACUGAGAGUCAAUUACAAUACAGUUACUUAACCUUGUUUUAUUUGAAUGAUUUCCGUAGUUCAUUUACGAUGUUAUCAAGUACCUGAUAUCCUUCACCUUUACUACGUACAAUCAAAUGUGUAGGCCUGAUCAUGAUCAUAUUUUGUUUUAAUCAGUUUUUUACGAGGAGUUUCUGAGUUUAAAGAUUUUAAAAUAUACAUUUGUUGUUGUGGAAGGCCUGUGUAAGAGGGUAGUUGAGUACUUGGAGAGUUGAGCAACUCUACCCUUGUAAAUAUUCACUAGAGUACAGAAGUUGGUAGAGCGGAGCUGCUAUAUACUCUCCCUAUAGACCUCCCAUACUGUCAAAUCCCUAGCUGCUCAUUUCAUUUUAUAAAACAGACAAGUUAAUAGAUUGAGAAUACUAAAUAAACCACCAAUUAUCCUUGUUUUAAUAGAUAUUGCUGUGUACUAUCAUAUUUUAUGUAAUUCUCCACUCUAUAUGAUCAUGAGUAGACAGCGACAACUCUAUCUACUUCUGUACCCUUUCUGUUCUAGCUUGGGCCUUGCACACCAACUGCAGUGCAUUGAAAAUAUCACUAUCGAAAAUAAAAUGUGCUGAAUAAAAUAAAAUUGAUUUUACUUAAUUCUUAAAAAAUAAAUUUUUAAAUAUUUAUAUGUAAAUUGUGAGUGUUGAAAGUAGUCUGAUCUAUUUCAGAUUGUUGCAUAGAGUAUAAAAUAUUUAUUAUGGCCUAGAUCAAAGAACAAAGAAAUUUAUUAGUUUUUAGGAGUGGACUGGAUGGGUAGGGAUUGUAGAAUCAAUUUUUUCUCUGUGCUGUAAAUAAGAAAAUUAUGUAUAAUUUCCAGCCAAAGUUAUUGUUACUUGCAUGAAUAUCAUAUUUAAAUUUGAUGUUUGUAACAUUGUUUCAUUUUCUUCCCAACCUAACAUCCCAAAACUGUGUGAGGGUUAGAUCCUGGGAUGUACAGUUUUCGUCCAGUUAUCCGAAGUGGAUCAACUAUAUUGAUAAUUAAUUGGAGUGGUUCAGUAAAUUUUGAAACAUUCUUAAAUUUUGCUAUCAAUCUUGUCUACAUUUUGUAUUACAGUUCAUGAUGAUUAUUUAUUUUUAAUUUUGUAUUUACGAAAAGACAUCUUCUUUUAGUUCCCCUCUCUCUGCCUUUAUUCAUUGAGUCCAACCCCCAGUUCCGUGGGAAUCCAGUUCUUGAGUUGUUUUUUAUUUUACAUGUAGGAGACUCUAGAACAUUGUGAUCUGUGUUAGGCAAAUCAUACACUAGCUUGUUGGUAAUUAAUUGUUCUAAAAAUAACAAUGUGUUAUAAAUUCUCUCAAUUAAAUUUCUUUUAAAAAAAUCCUCGACUUUUUUAUCCAAGGAAACUAUAAACAUGAAGGGCUUAUAUUUAAUCUCCAAAUCUGAUCGUAAGCUUUUAGCAUAAAGAUCCACUUGUACGUUGUUUCAUUAUCAGGUAGCAAAUUUCUAUUUUUAUUGAUGCUAAUGAUACAUAUUUCUGCAUUGGGUAUGUUAUGUUUUAAUUUUUGUGUUCAAACAUUGGAGCUAUUUUUUAAGAGGUUGUUCUUCAAAAUUUCAAAAUACUCAAUAUUAUUCCUUAGCUAGUUUUAGCCAAGACAUAAUUUUUUUUAUUUGAAGCUUUCCUAUGUCACUCUUAAGUAUUUUGUUGUUUUCCGUUAUCAUUCUUUUUUACUUUCCAGAAUUUGAAUUUGUUUUUUAAGUUUGAUACUUGUUUCUUGUUCAGUAGCAUAAUUUUAUAAUGUUUGAAGAUUUAACAUUAUUUAUUUUAUUCCUUACCUUUUACAGUUGACUGUUUGUUUCUUCAAGAUUUUUGUAGUUUUAUUUCGUGAUUGAUGACUUUUUGUUGUCCUCUUUGUUGUUCGUGCUUAGACUUUAAAUUAUUCAAUGUAAGAAAAAACAAAUGUUAAAGGAUAUUGAUUUUUGUAAGAGUUUCAUCCAAUAAGAGCAGCCGUGUGGAGAAUUCCCUUUUCCAACUCCAGAUUUUCCGAUAAGCAAUCUGUAACUCCAAUAUCAAUAUCUAACUCCUAUAGUGCUCCAUUGUGAGUUGUAAGAGCAUUUCUCCAUAAUUGGGAUAGAACCAAGUCUAAUAUUCAUUGAACUUCUUAGUUAUAAAACUAAAAUGAUUUGAGAUAUUCGCAUACAUUUUAUGUGUUGCUACAUUUGGGAAAAUCUACCACAUAUCACUCCUUGUCCAUCUAAGACAUUAUUAUUACAUAGAAGGCAAAUUUUAACUUCAAAUUUCUUGAUAAAUUUUCAUCUUGGAUUUCAAACGUAGGGUUGUUGAUAUGCCUGAUUGAUUAUCGACUGCAAUGUUGUAGCUAGCAAUUUAUGCUUUAUGUGCACUUUUUUAAUUAUGCAAAUUAUUUAAUGUACGAUAAAUUCUUGUUUUUUUCAAAGUAUAUUCUUUUUUAUUAUUUUUGUAUUACAUUUUAUUUUAUUCUCAGAAAUAUACUUAUAAGUCUGUGAUGAAAAGCAGCCAUUUAUAUUACCAUAUGUGAUUUUGCUUUUCUGAAAGUACUUGAGUAGAUUUUAGUUUUGUUUUGUUAAUAAAUUUUUAUUUAUCUAAUUAGUGAUAUUGACACAUCUUCAUGUAUAUUACUUAAUAAUAUAUUUAUUGUUAUACUAUUACUGGAAAAUAUCAAAUCGGUAAUGUUAAUGUGCUAGAUUCUCAAUUAUUUCUGUUUAUAAUUCAGUAAGAACCAGCCCAAAACUGCUGGCCUGAAAAAUUAUUUGAAAAAUACUUCAUUUCUAAGGGAUCCUAAGGCUGAAGUGAAUAAUAAGCACAAUGUAAUAACAUCUCCCAGGAAGUAUUAAGAUGUGUUUUCUUUGGUAAAAUGUCUGUUCUUUAUGUUAAAUGACGUAUGCAAGAUAUUUUAUUAGUAUAAUAUAUACAUGUGGAUUUAAAGCCACUAUUUUAAACUUUGAUUGAUUUAUGUUUUGUGAAAAUAACUUAAUGUAGGCGUUGAUUUGUAAUCAGUUUCUAUUUUUGUUAUCCAUAAAAAUAUUGAAUCAUUCCAUUUAAUUGUGUACAUACUGUUAUUUUAAACUGUUUUUUAUGAAUCAAAUAUUGUGAUUGUGUGUAAUAUAUUACUGACAAAAAAUAGUUGGUUUCAUAAAAGAUUUUAUUGUAUAAAAUAUACAUAAUAUAAUAUUCAUUAUGUGUAUGUAUUGUUUUUGUUGAUUAUUAAUGUUUAUGUAAAGUGUAUUGAUUAAAGUAAGACAUAUUGGAGGAAUAA